CGUGUAGUGCGGGGUUUUGUCAAUCAAACUCGAAGAAAUAUAGGCCUAUACAUUGUGGGAAAGGCUCAGUGCAAAGGCAAAGCUGCCCUCCACCGAAGAGUUAUGAAAGCAGAGCGAGACGGUUUUUCAAAGCCGUCGUUCAUAACGUAAAGGCAAUCAUCAUGGAUACAUUCGACAAUGCGCCCAGGCGAACGCGGAGAGCCUGUAAAAGAACCGGUUCCCAAGAUGCAACAACGAAAAGGGAAAGCGCCAGCGUGCUUCGGUCGUUGAGCGUUGGAAAUAUAAAUGACAACGAUGUAAUGGGGGAAGAUCUGGAACACCUGAAAAAUGGGAACUUGGAGCGAAGAGUCAUGUCCCCGCGCUAUAGCUUACUCCGUGAGGUUGGACGGGGAAGUUAUGGCGUGGUGUACGAGGCCAUAGCCAGAAGGUCUGGUACGAGAGUGGCCAUCAAGAAACUUCGUUGUGAUGCCCCAGAAAAUGUUGAGCUUGCAUUGGCCGAAUUUUGGGCACUGACAAGUUUGGAAAAACGACACGAGAAUGUGGUCCAGUUGGAAGAAUGUGUACUUCAAAGGAAUGGCAUGGCCCAAAAGAUGAGUCAUGGGAACAAGCAUUCCAAGCAAUAUUUGCGGCUGGUGGAGACUUCAUUGAAAGGAGAGCGGGUCUUGGGCUAUCCAGAGGAGCCCUGUUACCUGUGGUUUGUGAUGGAGUUUUGUGAAGGCGGCGACUUGAACCAGUUCAUCUUGUCGCGGAGGCCCGACCCGCACACCAACUCCAGCUUCAUGCGUCAGCUGAGCAGCGCCGUUGCCUUCCUCCACCAGAACAGCAUCGUGCACCGCGACCUCAAGCCGGACAACAUCCUCAUCUCCGAGCGCUCGGGCACGCCCGUGCUCAAGGUGGCUGACUUUGGCCUCAGCAAGGUGUGCGCGGGGCUGACCGCCGCCGGACAGGGCGCAGUGGCGGGGCACGAGAGGGACGCUGCGGGGGGCGCCGGGCGCCAGGCGGGCACGGCCGCCACCUGCGUCAACAAGAGCGGCGUGAACGUCAACAAGUGCUGGCUGUCGUCGGCGUGCGGCUCCGACUUCUACAUGGCGCCCGAGGUGUGGGAGGGCCACUACACGGCCAAGGCGGACAUCUUUGCGCUGGGCAUCAUCAUCUGGGCCAUGGUCGAGCGCAUCACGUUCAUCGACGCCGAGUCCAAGCGCGAGCUGCUGGGCACCUACGUGCGGCAGGGCAGCGAGAUCGUGCCCGUGGGCGAGGCCCUGCUGGGCAACCCCAAGAUGGUGCUGAGCAUCCCGCAGCGCCGGCGCUCGCACAUGUCGGACGGCGUGCGGCAGCUGCUGCGCGACAUGCUCGCCGUCAACCCGCAGGACCGGCCGGACGCGCUCGAGCUGCACAGCCGUGUGGGGCAGGUCACCUGCGCAGCUUGACCUCUGACCCCUACCCAGCUACGCAGCCUUUCCCCAAGACUCUCUCAGAUCCUCCCUGUCUGAGCCCUGUUCUUCAAAGGGACUGCUAUUAUUGUUUUGAAACUGUGAAGCCCCAUCACCACCAUCGAUAUAAUGUGAAGAAAAGAGGUUCAGCAUCCUCCGAAAUGAGAGAUUCCACGGAUCUUCUUUUUCCGUUUUUAUUGUUAUGCUAUCAGAUAGUUUUUUUUUUUUUUUUUUAAUCUUUCUUUGACUCGAGGAAUGUUUGGAGGUUUACCUUGUAGACUUUUGUUUUUGUUUUGUUGUAUUUUUUUUCCUGACGGUCAGUGAAUGCUUUGCGGAGGCUGUCUUAUGUAAAUCUUUUUUCCAUUUAAUUUUGAUCGUGUGAUACCUGCUGCUGUGUUUGGUGGUGGAAUUCAUAGGAAUGUGCCAGGUGCAUGUCAGGUUGGGCUGUUUUGCCAGCGGCGUUCUGUGUAGUCAGACCUGCUUCCUUGCUUAGAACUCACGCCCUGCUGUUUGCUCUAUUAACAGCUUUACGAAUCUCACCUCACCCCCAACACACACACACACACACACACACAAACAUACAUGCGUUAAAUUAGCUCCUUUUUUAACUCAGACAUAAUUGAUUAUUAGCCAUUUAUGGUUUAUGUUUUGACUGUUUCCAUCAGAGGAAGCAUGAGAUUCUUUUUUAUCUUUCUUCCUCCCUUAAAUUCAGUAAAGACAAAAAUUGCAGUGUCAGAAUGUUUUCUUAUCAGCGCCCAACAUCAACACAUAAUUGUCCCGUUUUUCGUACAGCCUGCGUGCCUUGCAUUUUAACCUUGCUUUGGAAGUGAAUUAGCCGUUUUGAUUCAUUUCUCCAAUCAGAUAACUUUUUGCAGUAAAAAUUCACAUUUUUUUGUUACUCCUAGACACCCUUUUAUUUUUUAGAUGCAGUUGGUCAAAGGUUGCCACAGCUGAUAUCACGAGAUUAUUCUGAGCUGAGAUACCCUCAUCUCGGCACCCAAAGAAAUAUCCCUUCGAAUGAUGCCAGUUGACCUUAUAUUAAAAUGUCAAAGAGAUUUUUUUUAAAGGAUUGUAAAUGAGUGUAGAACUUCUUUUUUUCCCUUCUUUGAAGUAUACCCAGCCCCGCGCCCGUUCUGUGUCCUGCUGAUUGAGUCAUUGCUCCGAAGGAGAUUAGCAGAAUCAAUGAUCAGCCUCAAAUGAGACAAAGAUCUCCAAUUGAAAUCAGUUGUCAUUCAAGACUGAUCUAAUCAGUUGGUUCUGGUGUUCAGUGUUACAGGGCAGAGUGAAUUAAUCAAGUCAGCUGCACACAAAUCAACGUUUAGUCAAUUUCAUAAGAAGUCUUUUUUCUCAUAUUUUUGAGCAGAUGUCCUGGGAAGUUGUCUUGUCAUAGGAGUCUCAAAUAUAGUGCCAAAGAUUAGCCCCAAAUCAUUAAAUACCAUAACUAGAUAAUUAUCUCUACCUAAUGUCAGUCUAAAAUGUCUACAAUCGUGUUCCCUUUCAAUUUCCUUUCAUCCCGCAAUUUUGAAAUAUUUGUGAUUAUUAUUGUUUUUAAAUAGGAGUAUUUCACUUCACAUCCUAAAUCUGAUUAAUUGCAAUUUCAAUCGCAAAAAUCAUCUGUUGCAUAGAUACUACUUUUAUGGUGUGAACACGGAUGUAUGAGUCACAAAAUUUCCCCUUAGCUAUCAGCUUAGACCAGUAGACUUUCUACAACCAUUUCUACAACCAUUCUCAUUACUUUCACUCUGGCUUUGCUUCGGCCCUAGUGCAUCAAGGUUCCAUUAUAGAUACCUCAUAUUAGUGUUGACGGUUGCAACUACAAAUAUGGACAUUAUCUACAAAAAAUAUGUGCACAUGUCACAUCGGUGUAUAAUUCCAUUGUGCAGAUUGUCAUCAGUGUAAGUCACUAAUCAUGACCAGUGCCUGUGUCUGCAGUCAGUUUUAGUUGUCUGUGUAGUUCUACCUCAGUGUUUUUGCUUGCUGUCUCCAUAAACUUCAUUGGGUUAUUUUAAGUAUUUGGUUUAGUGAAAAAAGUUAGCUCAAAGUCAGUGUUCUGCUAUUAGAGGGUUUACCACUUACUUUGAGUUCAUGUAGCCAGGGCUUUCACUAAACCACAUUCUGGGAAUGCCCUCCUGAUCUACUUGCACGUGACCAUGUGUGAUUUGUUCUUGGAACCAGAUGGGUAGAUGUGUUCGAAAUGGACCAGAACGGCUUUGGAAAGGGAAUGGGUGGAUUUCACUUCAGUAUUCCUUUUUUUGUGUAAAAUACUACCUAAAACUUGUUGCAUAUUGAAUUUCACACGGUUUUAGUCGUUUAUACUUUUCUUUGGGGAAGGCUCUGUUGUUUUUCUUUACACCAGUGUUUUCCUUUGGUUAAGAACUAUAUUUCGGGUUAUGUUUACCGCUGAACCUCAACCAGGUUGACCAGUGCUGAAAGUAUGUUUUUGUUUUACCAUAGAACAUGGUGAUUUCAAAACAGAUUCUUGUUCUUGACCACCAUUUUUAAAGAUUUGUUUGUGAUCAGGAGAGACCGUUAUAGUGAGAGUGGUAGAGUUCCGGUUAGUCGAACAUGAAUAACAAUAACUCUUCAGUUGAAGCACACUUAGUGUUUUAUUUAAAUGUAAUAUAAUUAUGUAGUGCUAACAUUCUUGUGAUGUUUCUUUUUUUCCCUGUCAUGUUGAUACUGAGUAAGCUGCAAAUACACUGUAAGUACCUCAUGUUUCACCUGUUUUCAUUCUGUUUGCAGUGAGCCUUUGAAACAAGUUACAUGUUUGCUCAACUGGCGAUUCCAUUGUUUCUGGGAGCUGAAGGGACCAUUACUUUAGUUCUUGUGUGUGGAAAUUAUGCGCUUGAUAUUAAAUUGAUUUUUUUUUAUUUUUAUUAUUUAGGGAUUAAGCUUUUGAAAUGUGAUGCAGAUGGACAUGGUCAAAAACAAGCUUUAUGCGUGUUUCAUUGUGGUUUUUCAUGGAUGAUGCAUGUGGAACGUUUAUUUUGUAUUAAAUAUUUUUUAAAUGUUUUUUAAUCCCAGUAUUUUAUAUGUUCUUGCUAAGUGAAAUCCAAUUCGUCUUAGCUACCUUGGAAUCUAAACCACUCAUGAACCCUGUAAGGCAUAGUGGCUUAGUAAUAUUUUUAGACGUUUAAUUUGUGACACGUUAUGUUUUAGUUGUGACCUAAAGCCCUAUGAAUAGUCUGGUAAUCAAUUCCUCACAGUUUACAACACGUGUUCACCAUUACUGCAUAAUGUGCACCAACACAACAAAAUUAAAUGUACCCCAUCUUUCACGUGUUAAGAAGGAACGUAACAGGAUCUGUUGAAAACACUUAAGUUAAGUGUGAGACAAGAUUGUGUAUAUUGUCAGGGGGGUGUCUCUGCUCAGUUAUUGCAGUUCAGUAAUGAACAAUUUAAAGGUAGACAUCGUUCAUCAUUUUUCUUUGGUAAUGGCUUCAGUACAGCUAGAGGAAAGACUCGUCUGUGACUUUAUUUGAUCUGUGAAUCAUUUCGUUCUGGGCGGAGUUCUGCCAUUUUGGCAUUGGGUUGUUACAAAAAAAAAAAAUAACACUCCACUUGAACACUUGUAACCAACCUCUUCUCUAUGCAACCCUACCUACUCUGCACACCUGGCCAGGUAGUACUUCUCUACUUCUGCAUUUCACUGUUAAGAACGUGUCCUCUUGUUUUUCUCUUCUGUACUGGAUUUGGCACGGAGAGGGAGGCUAUGGCUUUGAGUAAUGUGAAUAUAUCCUGUUCUCAAUGACAUGUACAGUUAUUUGUCAUAGAGUUCACUGAGCUGAUAGACCCUUCAGUGAAUUAUGUUGCCGUUAUUGUAAGCAAUGGAUAACUUUUUGUUUUGAUUUUUUUCUUUCAAUAAACUCCUCCGAAAUCAUGA